CAGACCUUAUUUUUAAAUUGUGGAUAAGCAAACAAAUAAACUUAAUAAACAUGAGAAACGUUGAAAUAAAAGCAAAAAUACGUAAUUUACUCAAACUAAUGGAAGCGGUAAACAAUUUAAAACCCGUUAGUAGUGAAAUUAUUAACCAACACGAUACAUUUUACAACGUUUCACACGGUAGAUUAAAAUUACGCGAUUUUACAGAUGAUACAGGAGAAUUGAUUUUCUACGAGCGUCCUGAUCACGAGGGCCCCAAAAUAUCUCUGUACGAAAAAACAGCUAUUUCUGGAUGUAAGGACGUGCACAGAGUCUUAAACAAAGCAUUAGGCUCCAAACAAAUCGUCAAGAAACAUCGUCAAGAAACAUCGCCAAGUCUUCAUAAUUGGACAAACACGGGUUCACGUAGACGAAGUCGAAAAUUUGGGAAAUUUCGUGGAAUUGGAGGUGGUGUUAAAAGAUGAUCAGUCUUUAAAGGAAGGCGAACAAAUUGCUAAUAAUUUAAUGGAUAAACUGGGAAUUCAUAAAAGCGAUUUAAUUUCCGGCGCAUAUGCUGACAUGUUGGUUAAUUAGUACCGAUUUUUAUUGACAGAUAAUCGAUACUUGUACUGUCAGUA